GAGUAGUUAAUGCUGAACUCAUCGCACAAAAAGAAAACCAAACCAUUGAAGGGCAAACCAAAGAAGAAAAACCUACACGAACAUUUCCACCACACACGUUGGUCAAGAGGAACUGUGAUAUCCCUUGCAUUCCCUCCAUCCCCUCCACGAUGACCAACGCCGCCACCCUCGCCCACCAACUCACCCAGGCACGCAACGAACUCAACAACCUCAGGAAAACCAUCCGAGGGUUGCAGGCCGAGCAUCGGAAAGAUGUGUCUCACCUGAAGGAGGUGAUGGCCAGGACCUACACUCCCCUACCCACUCUGCAGGCUCCCUUGCAGCCUACCAGUGCCCCAGAUGCAGGCCUCUUCCAUGACUGGGAAGCAAUAGGCCACAUCAGAUCCUGGUUCCGGACCAAGAAUGGGACGCCCCGGCAAGGCAGUGUGAGCAGCCUGACCCGGGGUGUGCUGAGGCUGGCCACACACACCUUCAACAACCCUCACCACGCACUCCAGGGACUUGAGGAUUUCUCCCAUGUUUGGAUCUUAUUUGUGUUUGACAAGAAUGAGGGGAGUGGGAGGGGCCACCGGAGAUCCAAGGUGGCCCCUCCCCGGCUGGGUGGGCAGCGUGUGGGAGUGUUUGGCACUCGCUCCCCCCACCGACCCAACCCUCUUGGCUUGACACUUGCACGCCUUGACAAAGUUGAAGGGGACUGCCUUCACCUGUCAGGCCUGGACAUCCUGGAUGGGACACCAGUACUGGACAUCAAGCCUUACAUCCUACAAUAUGAUGCCCCACCUGUCAUUGCCUCACAUUUUGCAAAUUGUCAGACAGCACCAGUCUCCACUAAGCAAGAUAAGGAAAAUAGAAAUUUCUUACCUCUUGGGCAUUGCUUGGAGGGUGAAAAAUAUAGCUGUGACCUGAGCCAGAAGGAGAACCAAGCUUAUGAUAAAUCAAGAUCCCAAAUAGAAACUGAAAGAAUAACAUGCAAUAAAAGUGGAGUUUCUUUGAGCAAGAAAGCACUAGAGAAUCACAUCACAAAAUUGGGAAAACUGAGUGAAAUACCUGCCACAAAUGAAGACCCCAAUAGGACAAAAGGGGAAAUGAGUUUUAGUAAAGCCCAGAAACAAGACAAUUUGAUCUCAGAAUCAGGUGAAGAAGAAUAUAGAGAGAUAGAGACUCUUGUUCUUGAUCAUGUAAGAGAGAUAGGGGCAAGAAGUAAAGAUGAAAACGAGGAGAAAGAGACGCAUGUUUCUGUUGAUGUAAGGGGAUUGUCGCAGUGUGACAAGGGUGAGCAAGGGAGUGAAGAUCAGAAUGCAGUGGUGAUAGCUCCCUGGAUCACUGCACCUCCUACUGCCUCCCUUCAAGUGCUGUUUAAUCCUAUUGCAGAACAGCAGCUUCUGGCCUUCUCUCAUCAAGCUGAGGAUGAAAACUAUAGACUUGAGUACCUGUCUGGUGGGGGAGAGCUAAGGAGGGCCAUUGCUAGUGUGCUGCAGCAGGAUCCCCGCUCAGUCUACCGCCGCAGGAAAUGUGCCUCUCUCCUAUACUACUUCUCUGUGGACACUGCUCACAUCACUGCCUGGUUUGAGGGGAGCAGUGCUGAGGUGUUGAGGGUUCAGCCACUCACCACUAAGUCUGAUAUUUCCCUAGCAGAGUGACCUUAAUUUUAUCUUUAUCUGUUUAUUUAUUUUUUUUUUAUGGUCAUAUUUCUAUGACUUUUCUUAUCGUGUGUUUGUAAAUGACAUAAUCCUUUAUUUUCUUAUCUCCUGUCCCUUUGUUACUCUUUAUGUAGAUUUAUGUUAUUUUUCUCAUUUCUCAGUCACUUUUAUCAUGCAAGUUUUCUCCUCUGUUCCUCAAAUCUUGUACUUUAUACAUACUUUUUCUCCUUGUGUUGUUAACUGUUUGGAAAAUAAAAACAUUGUUGAAA